AUGGGCAAUGAGUGGUUGAGUUGGUGGAAACGGAGACAAACCUGCGCUGGUUUGUACGGAGUACUGGAGAGGGAGAACGCCCCAGACCUGCCAGAGUGCCAGGUUGUAGCGGACCCAAAUGUUGACAAAGAAGAACCAACAAUCCCAGAUAGUAAAGAACGCGAGGAACUAGCCAAAAAGAGACAGACUGGUACAGGGUCAGGUAAGCAAGGAAUGGGCCGAGACAGAGCAGCAAACGAUGGCCGACUAACAAGUUUCGGAGACAGCGUAAUUUCGGCCAAGGCAGAUGCUGAGAAAUCUAUAAUUCGUUCUAUCGCCCUGCAGCAGCGGUAUCAGCGCCUCCAGGAGUUAUGCCAUCCCCUGAGAUGCAUCAGUUGGGUCUUUGCUUUUCCCACAUUGCGAUCGGAGACUUUCAACCAGCCACAGCGUCUACGAACGAUCUGUGUUGGUGGGGUGUCCUGGUCAGCGGCUCUUGGUCCUGACGGACUAUGUUACCAUACUUCGUACAGUUAUAACCCUUUCACUAAUCCGGGCCUUAUCUUAGACAUCGUUCGAUGUGUCUUCUUCUUAGGACUACUUCAUCCCAAGCAUAAAACCCUCGAUUUUGCUCAUGAUUAA